UGAGCCUCCUUCUUCCAGGAGAAGACACCCGAUGGCUGGGAGGCGGAGACGGGACCCCCGUUGACGUCAGUGGGCCUGUCUGUUUCCUGCAAUAGAAAGUGAGAGAGAAGGUGAAGGGAGAAAACACAGAGCUGUAUCCCCCCCUCCUCUUUACACUAAAAGGUGCGUUACAACCCUGCACCUGUGAGUAUUAAUAAAUCCAGGUUGGGUGCGUUUGGUUUAUUUUUCUGCGCAUUUUCCAGCUAAAAGCGGAGCCGGAGCGGGGCUCUGCUCCACUCUGAUAUAGAUCGGUGUCGGUAGCUGCUGCCUGAGAGUGUCGGACAUGCUUUCAACACUGCGUGCCUUGUGUUUCUCCCUUGUUUAGCCUGUCGUGAACUUUCAAGGCUCUGUUUGAGUUCUGAAGAGGGGGGGAACAGGGCAUUUUCUGGACUCCUGCAGCAAACCUUUCUCAUUCUGGGGGAGGCAACUUGAGCUCACCGGUGCUCCCUUUUGCGCACAGCUCUUUGUUGCUUUUACGCACCACAGAUGCACCAAGACUGUGGCUCAGGAGUCAACUCUAGAUCCCAAGUUCUCCAAGAUGCACCUGUGAACUGAGGGCGGGAAAGAUGCCGCGCACCAAGCAGAACAACCCGAAGAAUCUAAAAGAUAAAAUCGAAGAAGCACAGAAAGAGCUUAAAGACCCCAAAGGCUCACAGAAAGGGACAUCUGAAGGUGAAAGAAGAAAUGCAGAUAACAUAAAAGGCCUGAAGAGGAAAAAGAUUGUCGCAGAGAAUCGUCUGGAGAAAAUUCCCAAAUCACCUGUAAAAAAGCCUUUACAGUCCAAAACAUCUGAAGCUGUACCGCACAGAGCACCAUCCAGGGAAGCUACACCUAUCCGCUGCUCUUCUUCCAACAGUCCUGCCCACAAUCCUGCAACAUCACCCAGUGGGAAAGGAGACCCACAAUAUGCCCAGCCAGUUGCAGCAUCCCCUUGCAAGGGGUCACCUUCCAUUAACACUGAAAGGCUGAAGCAGGAGGAAACAUUUUCUGGAUCGCCAUCACUUGAUCCCACUGUUGGUGGGGAGGGCUCUUUGAUAACUGCUGCAGAGUCUCAUCUUAAAGACAGCAAGAGCUCCAGCUUGGAGGGAGACCCUUACCACAGCAGUGCUCCACUUGAUGUUCUACUCAAAGCCAUGGAGCCUGACUUUAGUACGCUGGCUGAAAGGAAAAACUCCUUGCAUGCCAUCGGAAAAACAGCCUCCACCCUUGGUGCUCAAUCUAGUGGUGAAUUAACAACAAUGCCAGCUGUCAAUGUUGGUCUCCGGACCCAACCUCCCCAUAUGCAGACUUAUUAUAUUGACAAACAAGGCAACUUUAUUGGCAUUGCAGGACCACUACAAGGAAAUGUGCAGACAUCAACACAGGGUACUCCCAUGCAGCCCUCUCAGCUUGCUUCACCUCAUUUUAUGCCUGUUGCAUCAAACCCUGAAAAACCUAGCUUGCACAUGAGCUUUGCUACUGGACCAUCCACCAUAACUCAUGCACCUGUUCCUUCAGGCUCAAAUGCUUUGCCACAAAGCCAACCCCCGGUUGUGCACACAUGCCAGUCCCUCUCAGCAAGUGUUCCAAGCACGAUUCAGGUCCCUGUUACACCUGGCAGCAACCAAGUGCAGAUGACCUCUGUAAUGAACUUUGGCGCUGAACAGGUUUACAAAGACCAAAAGGCUAAGAAGCCAGGAAAGUACGUUUGUGAAUACUGCAGUCGAGCAUGUGCAAAACCCAGUGUGCUGCUAAAACACAUCAGGUCUCACACAGGAGAGAGACCAUACCCCUGUGUUACCUGUGGCUUUUCUUUCAAAACAAAGAGCAAUCUGUACAAGCACAAGAAAUCACAUGCUCACGCUAUAAAACUGGGUCUAAUUGCACGAUCUGAAUCUGGAAGUGGGUCGCUAUCUCAAGAGUCUGACAAAGCCCUUGGUACACAUUCAGAGGCAGAGGAGAGCGGGGAUAGUGAUGAGGAGAGUAGCACUGCCGAUUUGGACCCUGACUCAUCACAAAGCAGUAUGGCAGCUUUGUCUGAAAAUAGUUUACAGGGUGCAGGUACAGCCCAUGUAAGCCAUGGGGAGACUGACUCAUCGGCUGUGUUUGAGUCAAACAAACUCAUCCCUGGUCAGAGGGCUCAUGAGCCCAAAGUGACAGCUGCACUACCAAAAGUUGUUGUAUACCCGGUUAAUGUCUCCCCAAUGAGGGCAGACAGCCCAAGAGUUACAGGUACAGCACCUGAGCAAGCUGCUGCACAACGUCAAAGAGAGUUCCAGACUGCCAACCUAAGAUCAAGCAUCACAGUCCUGUCAUCUCUUAAAGAGGUUGAUGGUACAAAUGCCUCACUAGAUACCGUGAGUGAAGACGAAGACCCACAUUGCAAGUCUCCAAUGUUAGGUGGACACGCUCAGCUUCAGAGGCAACAAGCAACAGACUUCUCUCAACAGCAACAAAUGAAGUGUCUACUCAGUCCCCGCAGUUUGGGAAGUACAGAUUCUGGAUACUUCUCACGAUCGGAAAGUGCUGACCAAGCAAUGAGUCCGCCCAGUCCAUUUGUCAAGAUAACUCCACCAAUAGACAUUGACAUUGUCAAGAACAAUCCUCCCAUUGUCCCUCCUGUGGUUGGAACAGUAAUGCAUGUAGUAGCCGAUCAAAGGCCAAGGGCCACAGAGGGACAGAUGCGUCCGCCAUUAGAAGCCAAAGCCCUCUCUCUGGAAGAACGAAUUUCAAAGUUGAUCUCUGAUAAUGAGGCAGUGGUUGACAAUAAACAGCUGGACAGUGUAAAGCCAAGGAGGACUUCUUUGUCAAGGAGAGGUAGCAUAGACUCCCCUAAAUCAUACAUAUUCAAAGACUCUUUUCAGUUUGACCUAAAACCAAUUGGGAGAAGGUCGAGUUCCAGCUCAGAUAUCCCCAAGUCCCCAUUCACUCCCACAGACAAAUCAAAGCCAGUAUUUCUUCUCUCCGUACCUUCCCAAUACCCACCAAUGGAUUGUUUGCCUAUAACAAGGAGUAAUUCAAUGCCUACAACACCAGGACACUCUGCUCUUCCCAUGAAUGUUCCCCCUCUCCCCCAUCCUUUGCGAAUUUGUCAGUCGUUUGAUGAAAAAAUUAGCUCACUGAAUGAUGAUGUAUUCUCAUCAGCCCCGUCAACCCCAAAUCCAGCAAUGCAUUCCCGUACCUUAGUCAGACAAGCAGCUGUGGAGGACUCUUCCACGAGUGAGGGGCAUGGUCUUCAUAGUGUUCGCUCCAUGGAUGAGGGCUAUUAUGGAGCUCAAAACAGCACCACAGAGCAGAUGCAAAGAAGUAGAUCCUUCGAGCAUAGUCAGGACAGAAACAGAAAGCCUCAACAGAAUAAAGGUACGAUGUAUGAGUGUGAAACUUGUCGUAACCGGUACAGAAAGUUGGAGAAUUUUGAAACUCACAAGAAAUUUUACUGCUCUGAGCUUCAUGGUCCAAAAAACAAACCAGUCAAUGUAAAAGACACUGAUCAAGAUGUUUUUCACGUUAACAUACUGCAGCCCUUAGUCCCUCGAUCAACUGGGGGCUCGGGGAUACUUGAUCAACAGACAUCAAUAAGAAAGAGAAGAAAAAUGAAAAGUGUUGGAGAUGAGGAUGAUCAAUCCCCUACUGACACCAUUCCACCGUGUUCUGUGAGUUUUGAGCUACCAUCUGUUCUCGCAAGUCAGGCUUAUUCUCAGCAUAAUGUAAUAGUGGACAUACAGCCUAAAAACAACCAGUCAAAGCUACCUCAGAUUCAACUCGUAGCAAGAGGUCUCAAUGCUUCAGAUUCCAGACUGUCUCCUAUACGAGAGACCCAAAUAAGCACUUCUACUAAGGGAGAACUGCAAAGGCAAGGCAGUGGUACGUCAGUCAUUAGACACACCAACUCUCUCAGCAGACCCAAUUCAUUUGAGACAGAAUCACUUGACAGAGCCUCUCCUGUUGAUGGCAUGGAGAAGGAGCUCCUAAACAAACUCAAAACUGAUGCAAAAUCAAAUGUCACAGCUGACAGCUAUCAUGAAAAUAUAUCGAAACCGAAAAGUACUGACUAUGAAAAGCAGCAGAAGGACCAGUGCUGUGAUGGCACAGUAGCAGGUGUAGGUGAAAACCAUACUCCUGUCCAUCAUUCUCGUCUAGUUCGUCAAAAUAACAUCCAAGUUCCUGAGAUUCUGGUCACAGAGGAACCUGACAGAGAACAUGAAACACAGACGGCUGAUCCAGUAGAUAAGCCGACAGAUCAGUUUAACUGGCCUCAGAGAAGUGAGAGCUUGUCAAAGUUACCUGCAGAGAAACUCCCACCAAAAAAGAAAAGAAUUCGCCUGGCUCAAAUGGAACAUUCCUCGGGUGAAUCUAGUUUUGAGUCCAGCCUUUCAAGAAGCCUGAGCAGGGACAGUAGUCUUUCUCGUUGUUCAAGUGUCUCUGCCUCUUUUGACAGAGAAGAACCAUCUAGGUCAGAGAGUCCUUCCAGAGGGGAGUGUGUCAAUAAAGUUCAAGAGCCUCAAUGUUUGCCAACAGUCUUCAACACACUUGGUGUUCCUGGAAUUAUGAGACGUGCUGCAUCAGAGCAAAUCACUUGCACUCAGCCAUCUGUUGAGAUUGCAUGUGACUAUCGUAGCAAGUCCUUUGACUGUGGCAAUGUAUCUCCUAGCAGAUCCCUGUCCCCUGUUGCUCAGCCAAAAGGUGGACAAGUCUCCCAAGCUCCCCAGGUACCACUUAUUGAAAGGAGGCGAGGGCCAUUAGUUCGCCAAAUGUCAUUAAAGAUAGGCCCAGAAAGUCAGCAACCUGUACGGAAAACUGUCAUUCCUAUAGAUAAACCUGCCAUUGCAAAUGUUAGCUCUUUAACUCAGAAUAGAUGUCAGCAGAUUCACAUCGCCAAUAGGCAGACCAUGGCUCAGCCUUUUAUUCUACAAAGUGGAGAGUCACCUUUGCAAAACAACGAGCACAUUGUGCAAAGCAUUAAUUUGGGGAGCCCAACUCAGCAGCCUCAAAUCCAUGGCCUUCCACACCCUUGGCAUCAAACUUCAAGGGUUCAAACAUGCCAAAAGGUACAAAAACCGCUGAACCAGAUUUUAGUCUGUCGCCAGACUAUCCAAAACAAACCAGCUGACUCUGAGGAAAAGCAAAGUUUUGUGCCCAAAUACCAACUAACGUCUCCCGCUCUAAGAGCAAGCCAAACAUUUUCCUUUGCCAACACCCAGGCAACUCAGAUUGCCUUGCCAGUUUUGACUAUACCUAUUGCCAAUCCAGUUUUGAGCAUUUCAAAAUCCUCAGAUGUACUGAAAAAUGUAUAUGUUGCUCAACCAAAUCAACAGGCCUCUGAGAUUAAGACACAUGCAGUUGUUCUGCAAGGUGAACAACAAAGGGACCUAUUUGAUCAGACCCAAGCUGGUGCUAAAACAUUGCCACAGAUCCUCAUAACUCAUGAACAGAUGCACCCUACUCCCCCUCUCUCCAAAAAAGACAGCCUUCCAUCCUCUCACAGCAUAGAUAGUGAUUCCAAAGCUGUACCCGCUGCAAAGACAAAUAGGACUCAAACAGUCAGCACUCAUGUCCAUUCAGGAGAACGAGCACCUUCUCUUGGGUCUCUACAUUGCACUCAGAAACUGGCAUCAGUAACUCUGUGCCCACAGCAGGAACCCACUGCCUCAAGUAAACGAAUGCUGUCGCCUGCCAACAGCCUGGACAUCUAUAUGGAAAAGCAUCAGAAACGGGCCAAGGAUGAGCAUGGGGUGGCCUGUUUAACUGAUGGGAGGUCAGUGAAUUAUCUGAACUCCAAGAUGUCAGAGGUUACCCGACAGAGGAAGCUAACGCUUGUUAGGCAGGUUUGCACAACUGAGCCGGUGGACAGUCCCAUUGAAACUGAGGCCCCACCUCUGCCACAGGUGAAAACAGACGGAGAGAAAGAUUCAGAGGAUACUGACGACAUUAAGCCAAUGUCACCUGACAGUACUGGACUGGAGAAAAACACAAGUACCAUUAUUCUCGAGGAAGCAGGACCUGUCCCCAAAACUACACCUUGUAGCCAGGUCACCUCUAUGCCAGCUGGUAAUUCUCUGAAACCCCAAGAAAAAGUUGAAGAACAGAGAUGGUCUCCCGCCAAAUCACCUAUUAGGCCCUCCAGUUUUCAUGGUGGUCAAGUGAAACUGAACACAUCUGUGUCUGUGGUUAACACAAAGGACAGUCAUCGCCUUUCUUUCCCAAGUCUGAAAACUGCCACCACUUUUACCUGGUGUUUCUUAAUGAAGAGGAAACCUAUCCAUGUUCCUCAGACGGACUUAAAGACUUCAGCAUAUGCUGCUUGGAAUGUCAGCCCAAACAACCCCAACCCACUUGGAUUGCCCACCAAGGUGGUCAUGUCUCUUUUUGACUCCAAACAGAGCUCCAAGAAAAUACACUACACCUCGGCCAUAAGAACAAGCGAGAAGUCGGAUAUCUUGUCUUACUCAAGCAAGCUGAAGGACGUGAUGCCAAGGAAGGUGCCAAUAGCUCAGAAGUCGGUUUCAGUUGAAACCAGAAGUAAAGUGCCACCAGAAACUCAGGCCAGCAGCGAGUCAGACAAGGACUUGGCAUCUAAAACAGAACCAAGACGGGUCAAGAUAUUUGAUGGCGGAUUCAAAUCCAAUGAGGAGUACAUUUAUGUUCGUGGACGUGGACGCGGUAAAUACAUCUGUGAGGAAUGCGGGAUCCGCUGCAAGAAGCCCAGCAUGCUGCGCAAACACAUCCGCACCCACUCAGAUGUCCGGCCAUACCACUGUGUCCACUGUAACUUCUCCUUCAAGACUAAAGGUAAUCUGACCAAGCACAUGAAAUCCAAGGCCCACAGUAAGAAAUGCAUGGAGAUGGGAGUUCCUGAAGGUCUCAUUGAGGAUCAGGAUGCAGAGGACUCAGGAGACCGUAGUCAGGUGAGCAGUGCUGACCGUCAAGAUUCAGAUGGUGAUGACUCUGAUGGCCCUGAUGAUGAGGAGAACGACGACAACGAGGAGGAAGAGGACGACAGCCAGGCAGAGUCUGGCCUGUCUACAAACCCUUCGGUCUCUGCCAGCCCGCAGCACAUCCCUUGCAAAGAAGCUGAAGUCCCUCCUAGCGCCCUCCUAGCCCAGAUGUCAAUCAGCUCAAUCUCCCUAUCUCACUCCCAGUCUCGAGCUCCUGAAUCCCACACGUCAGACUCAGAGUCUGUCCCCAUGAUGAGCCCUGUGUCCCUGAGCAAGCAGAUAUCCAUCUCUGCGUCCUGCUACAGCCAAAUGCCCCUCCCCUACUCUCCUCCACCUGUCGCUGCCACAUCAGAAUCCUACACCUCAGACACAGAGUCAGUGCACAUGAUGAGCCCAGUGUCGCCAUGCAGACAGAUGUCCAUCGACUACCCUGACUUUGAGGUCCCCCCUAGUCCCCCAGUGCCAGGCAAGAGUUCCAAGCUAGGCCAGGACAUCUCCUCCUCCUCCCCUGCUGUGAGUACCAGUGAAACAGGUGUACCAGUGGAUCGAGGAACUCAGACCUCCUGUUUUGGAUCUCAAGGCCCCAUGCACUUUCAUCCACAUGGUCUGUCCCAAACACCAGGAGCACAUGCCCAGACCCACCUGUUCAGCCACCUGCCCUUGCACUCCCAGCAGCCUUCUCGCUCCACUUACAGCAUGGUCCCAGUUGGGGGGAUCCAGUUGGUCCCUGCAGGCCUGGCAGCUUACUCCACCUUUGUACCAAUACAGGCUGGCCCCGUCCAACUCACCAUCCCGGCAGUGAGUGUCAUCCACAGAAACACAAGCCCCUUACCUGCUCCCAACACUUCACCCCACCCAGAGGGCUUGCACACCCAGCCCCUUGUGGUCCAAGAACCCCUCAGUAAUGUUCUACCCUGCUUUCCUUUAGGGCAGGUCACUGGCCUGCAGGCUCAGACAAUACAGCCAGUAGGCUUGGAGGCACUUAACCUCAUGGGGCUUACCAACACAGGCCUGACAUCCACCCAGCUGCUCUCUCAGCAAGGGCUAACCCUCAACGCCACCCUUGGGCUUCAGGUUUUGGCUGCCAAUCCAACUUCCCAAAGCAGCACUGGCCCGCAGACACAUCUCCCAGGUCUGCAGAUACUUAACAUCGCCCUUCCUGCCAUCAUUCCUUCUCUCAGCCCUCUCUCCACCUUGAGUCCUCUCCCUGGGUCCUCAGAGCAGCAGUGCAGCCCUGAAGCUCCUGGAGCACAGCCAUCUCAAAGUGAACAAGGGCUCGGUUCUUUACAGAGCUGCAUGCCUGCCUCGCCGCCUGCACCUUCAAAGGUUAGCAGCUCACCAGAACCAACCUCAGGCAGCAGGGCUUGCGCAGCAGGGAACAGUAGAGUCGAGCUCACACAGACUGCUGGGGGAAGAGAAAGGGAUAAAUCCCCACAGAAACAUCCAUCACCAGCUCCUCAGAGCAGAGAGGACCCUGCUAAGGAGUCACCGGUUGAAGCAGCUAGAGAUCCUCCACAUCAGAGACCACGGCCAAUGACCGGCUGGCACAAGGUGAAUGAUGACUAUAAUGAGGUAUCCAGUGAUGAUGAAGACAGACUGGUCAUCGCCACCUGAAAACCCUGAGUGGAAAGUUUUUCUUGUUCUCUUUUUGUAAUUCUUGUCACUUUGUAAGACUGAAAAACUUUUCCGGGGUUUGUGUCUGCAAAUCACCUUCAAAGCACAGAUGCUGACAUAUUGUAUGUGCAAUCAUAUGAAAAUUAUAAUGAUGACCAAUUAUAUUAUUUUUACUUUGAUUGUCAGCUCCAGACAAUUUCUUUUUUCUUUUGUACAUGUUGUAUAGACAAUUGUGCCUUUAUGAAGUUUCUUGUUUAGGAACCUGUACAUAAUUCCUUAAAAAAAUCAGUAGUUGCUCGUGUUUAUUUCAAAAAUAGAAGUAAAAAGAGGCCUGACAAUGGAGGAUAUCAAUUUUAUUUUGGAUUUGUCAUUCGUAAAUUUAUGGAAAUAUAAAUGUUGUACUGGUAUAUGUACAUUUCUAUGGAUUAUGGGGCAAUGUUUCUGUGUACAGAUGUUGUGUUCAACUAUUUAUUAUAAUCCAUCUAGUGCCCAUUCUGAUUCAUAAGUCCAUAGGUAUGUGCAUUAUGGUAGCUUUACAUUGCUGUAUCAAUAUUCUUAACUGUAUCAGUAAAAAUUUGUUUACAAACAUAAA